CUGGACGACGAGCAGGGCCGGCGCCAGUGCGUGCUGGUCUUCCCGCAGCCCGAGGCGUUCUGGUGGCGCGCCAGCCGCCUCUACACGCUGGUGCUGGGCUUCGCCAUCCCCGUGUCCACCAUCUGCGCCCUUUACACCGCGCUGCUCUGCCGCCUGCGCUCCAUACGCCUCGACAGCCACGCCAGGGCCCUGGACCGCGCGAAGAAGCGGGUGACAGUCUUGGUGGUGGCGAUCCUGACCGCGUGCCUCCUCUGCUGGACGCCCUACCACCUGAGCACGGUGGUGGCGCUCACCACCGACCUCCCGCAGACGCCGAUGGUCAUCGCGGCCUCCUACUUAAUCACCAGCCUGAGCUACGCUAACAGCUGCCUCAACCCCUUCCUCUACGCCUUCCUGGACGACGGCUUCCGCAGGAACCUCCGCCAGCUGCUGGCGUGCCGCGCCGCCACCUGAGCCCGCGCGCGAGGGGCCGGCGCCCCGGCGCUCAGGGUGGUCCCUGACCCGCAGCCUCCCCACCCCCAACCCCACUCCCAACUUGCUGAAGAUGCUGGGCUCCUCCCCAGACCUACUGACUGGGACGCGCUGUGGCUGCGCCCGCAGUUUGAAUUUGCAAAGCCCUCCUGGUGAUGCGGGAGCA